AUGGUUCAGGGUACGAAGUCCAAAAGAUCGAAAAGAAUAUAUAAGUGCCAAUUUGAUGGCUGUGAACGUGUUUUUGAUAGACCAUGUUUGUUGCAACAACAUAGAUCGUCGCAUACUAACGAGAGACCCUAUGUAUGUGAUGUUCCUGGUUGUAAUAAGAAAUUUAUGAGACCAUGUCAUUUAAAAGUACAUAAAUGGACACAUUCCAAAGAGAAACCUUUGAAAUGUCGAAUUUGUGGUAAAGGUUUCAUUACUAAUCAACAAUUAAAGAGACAUUUGAACACACAUGCAAAGAAAUUGGCUCAAAGUCUUGAUAAGAAAUCUACUAAUGCUAAAACUGCCACAACUAAUGACAAAGUUACUAGUACACCUAAGAUUAAAUCUGGCGUUGAAAAAACCCCAAUACAGCAACAAGUUACACCUCCAGAUGAACAAGUUACAGAUCGUUUGAUGUCUAUGAACUUUGGCUCUGAAGAAGAAGAUUCUUCAAAUCUGUUGAUGACAUGUCCAUAUGAAGAUUGUGAUAAGAUCAUUCAACCUGGUGAAGAUUUGAUCAAUCAUUUAUUAGAGAAUCAUUUGGUAAGUAGAUUAGUGUAUCCAGACACAGCUGAUGAAUUCAAGUACGAUCCAAGUAAACCUUGUCCUUCUAAUGAUAAUAGUACUUUGAAUUUGAAUGAUUUGGUUAAUGGAACUACACCAUUAUCAAGUACUGGUACUGAAAAUUCUGAAAUUAAUGAUUUGAACGCGAAACAAAAGAACAUUCAUAAUCAUAUUCCAACAGUUUCUGUUGAUAUGACUAAUUUAAAUAGUGGUUUUGAUACUAUUACAACAACUACUAUAAACCCGGAACAGGUCAUGAAUCCGCAAACUCCUGAUGAAACUAAUUUAUUAGACUGGAGCGAUUUACGUUGUAGAGAUUGUUCUUUUAGAUGUGAUCCAAAGACAGAAUCUGUUUUCGAUUUAAUUGAACAUUAUGAUCAAGAUCAUGCUUUCAUUCCUGAAACUUUAAUUAAAUUUGGUUAUAUUAAUGUUUUCGAACCAUCAUCACUCUAA